AUGUACGCCAAAGCAUCCAUCGUCAAGCUGCUGGUACUGGUUCUGGUAUGCUUCCGAGUCACUGGAGCAUACCCACCUUCAUUUGAUAUUCCACUUGAUCCACAAAUACUUCUGAAGAAUGAUCUCGAUAAGGAACCCCACGGCGCCGUGGCCAGCGAAAGCAAGUAUUGUAGCGAGAGAGGGAUCGAAAUGUUGACGAAGACUAAUAAAAAUGGAGAUAAAGGCACGGCUGCUGAUGUUAUGGUUGCCACGGUCCUCUGCGUCGGAGUCGUCAGCAUGUAUCACAGCGGGAUUGGUGGGGGAGGGUUCAUGGUGAUUCGCAACACAAAUGGCGAAUACGAAUCCAUCGAUUUUCGAGAAACAGCCCCUGCCGCGGCCUACAACAAUAUGUUCAGCCAUGACAGAAAAGCAUCCAUAUUUGGUGGCUUAGCCAGUGGCGUGCCCGGGGAGCUUCGAGGGUUGGAAUACCUCCUGCGCACCCAUGGGCGCCUUGACUGGCAUACUGUUGCAUCACCGGCAAUUGAGGCAGCUGAAAAGGGAGUCCCGGUUACCAAGGACCUGUUGCAUUACAUGGAUCUUGCGGAAGCUGAUGGGGAAUUCUUAACGAAGGGGCCCUGGAAGGAGGUUUUUGCACCGGAUGGUAAACGAGUCGAUCAAGGAGGCAAGAUUAAAAGGGGAAAGUAUGCUAAAACAUUGAGAGAGAUUGCUCACGCCAACAGUGUAGAGCCCUUUUACAGUGGUGUCAUUGCUAAUGACACCGUCCGAGCCGUCCAGGCUGCAGGGGGUAUCAUGACUGUGGACGAUCUGAAGAACUAUCAUAUUGAGCAUCGUGAGCCGCUGAAAACCACCUACAGGAACCACACCCUUGUCAGCACAGGCGCCCCCGCUAGUGGUGCAGUUGCGCUUAAUAUCUUAAAGGUUCUAGAGAAGUACAACUUUGCGGAUUCCGCAGAUCAGUAUCUCAACACACACCUAAUGGUGGAGGCGAUGAAAUUUGGAUAUGGCAUGAGACAAUAUCUGGGAGAUCCAGAUUUUGAUGCCCAUAUUAAAGAAUAUCAGCAGAAGAUGUUAGAACAGUCGACAGUGGACACGAUACGCGGUAAAAUUUCGGACGACACAACUCAUGAUGCGUCCUGGUACACUUCCUUUGCUAGUUCAAUUCCGACGGGCGGUGGAACCUCGCACCUAGUUGCAGCAGAUGAUUCGGGACUAGCAAUCUCUCUGAUUACCUCAGUCAACCUCUACUUUGGAAGCCGAGUGAUGGUCCCUGAGACGGGGAUUAUCAUGAACAAUGGAAUGAAUGAUUUCUCCAUUUCCGGGUUUGAUAACGAGUUUGGGAUUCCCCCGUCACCGCAGAACUACAUCCUCGCACACAAACGCCCGCAGUCGUCCAUGUCUCCACUGAUUGUGACCGGUCCAGAUAACUUUACGUUUCUGACCGGCUCUGCCGGGGGCAGUCGCAUUACUACGGCGACUGUUCAAAACACCAUACAUGCGAUUGAUGAGAAAUUGACAGCACAAGAAGCGUUGGCACAGCCACGUCUACACAACCAGCUUUUUCCAUGCAGCAGCUACUUCGAAGCGGGGGCUAAGGAUGAAGAUGAUAAAUAUAUUGUUAGGCCAUAUAACGGUUCUAUAGUCGGGUUCAUGGCGUCGUUGGGACAUAAUGUGACUUGGGUUACCCCCGGCCAAAGCACUGCACAGGCGCUUCGAUGGCAUAAUGGAAAAUUUGAUGCCGGUGGAGAACCAAGACAGCAUGACUCUGGAUAUGCUAUCUGGUGA